AUGCAGGAUCAGCUAGAGUCAUUACUGAGUGAUGCUUUCAAGGGAAAAGGAUUUCAGAAAAUAAAAGAAAUAAUCCAAGGGAAUGAUAUUUAUCCUCAGAAGUACAGCAAGCAACUAUUAAACCAACUGGACAAAGUUCUAAAAAAGGAACUGGACAAAAAUGAGUUCACAAAUGUGUCCCUAUUGUUGAAGUGCAUCCAGCAGUAUUGUAGAAGUGAUCCUCGAGAUGGUGUAAAUUUGCUUCUUCAGGAGGGAUUGAUAGCAAAGAUGGUCACUUGGUUUGAAAGAACCAGAGAAUUUCUCAGCCUGCUAGAACCAAGUGAAAGUACAUUCUUGGUCCACCUUGUUGAAGUCUUCUUUGACACUGCCUUGAUUAUUGGCAAAAGCAAUGCUGAAGGGAAAAAGCAGCUGCUGGAGUCUUUCAUACCAUAUUUGGGACAUCUAGCUGCUGAUUCUCAUGUGAACUGUUUCCUUCGACAGGAGGCUUUGAGAACCUUAAACACUCUGCUGGAUAACACCGGAAAAGAAGAGAAAAAAAAGUUUGCCGGGUCUGAAGAGAUGUGUCUGCUUACGAAAGAACUUGCAAAAGCAAUUCUGGAUGUUGGUGACUAUGAUAUCCAGAUCGCUAUUGUGGAAGCCCUGUUCAGGAUAAUGUUGAAAAAGUGGAGAGACGAUCUUGUUCACAACUGGUUUGAAGAUCAAUACCUUGCUAAGGCUUUUAGAGAAAUCAAAGACAGAGAUUUUGAGACAGAUUCCAGGAUAUUUCUUAACGAAUUGAAUGAAAGACUUGGAGAUAAAAGAAGGUAA